AUGCGAUGGUCGUCAAACAGUCCAACAAACCAGUCGAGAUCUCCAACUGUUCAUACAAUAUCAUUGGGGACCUUACCUAAGAAGCUCUCGAAAGUAGAGAAAGUGUUGAAUCAAGAGAAGCCAGAUCAAUAUGAAAUAAAUGAAUUCAAGAAACGUGACUUGCCACCUUCAUUAAAGGCUGUCCGAGAAAUGAUGGAUAAAUAUAAAGACUAUGUUGUCAUCACACAACUUGGAAGUUUCUUUGAACUUUACUUCGAACAUGCUGUUGAAUAUUCACCAAAGCUAAACCUCACAUUAGCUAAAAGAAACUUGAAAGAGUCAGCAAUACCGAUGGCAGGUUUUCCACUGUCACAAUUGGAUAGACAUUUGAAGGUUUUGGUUCAAGAUUUGAACGUCGGUGUUGCUAUAGUUGAACAGUUCAAGAAUGAGACAGGUAUUGACAAUGAAGUACAGAAAGUAACACGUCGCCUCACAAGGAUUAUUACUCCAGGUACAUUGGUUGAUGAAGUGUUUUUGAAUGAGCAGGAAAAUAACUAUUUACUAUCUGUUGAUUUUCCAGAUACAGCCUUUAAAAGAGAAGCUUUACCAGAUCUCAAGGUUGGUCUUGCAUGGACAGAUCUAUCAGUCGGAUCCAUUUUUGUCCAGGAAACAACCCUCAAAGAUUUAAUCUCCACCAUCACCAGAAUCAAACCAAGUGAAAUUCUCUUAGAUGAAAAACUUGUCCCUGAACAAUUAGAAUCUGGGGAAUGGUACUCGGAGCUGGUGGAACUCAAGAGAUAUUUUAGGAAGUUUCAGGCCCUUCCAUCACUCCAAAAGACCUUGGAUCUUUACAAUCACAUGUUCAGUUCAUUUUCAAAAACUGCAGAAAACACAAUGAAAGAACUUACACAGAAAGAAACUGCUGCUUUGAGAAACCUACUACAAUAUAUUGAAAAUCAUUUGCCGGAUUCUCCAAUAAAUCUUCAGCUUCCAGUGAGACAAAUCCCAGAGAAUAUAAUGCAAAUAGACACAAGAACAAGUGAUGCCCUCGAACUACACAAAACUUUUAAAGAUGAGGGCAGGAAGGGAUCACUUAUCUCGAGUGUCAAAAGAACUGUAACGCAAUCAGGUGCUAGGCUUUUAUCUCAAUGGAUCUCAGCACCAUCUACUGACUUGAAGGAAAUCAAAAACAGACAAGCAUUGGUCACUUUGUUUUUUAAGAACACAAUUUUCAGAACAAACGUUAUUGCUAAGCUGACUGAAGUUCAUGAUAUAAGCAGGAUUGUUCAAAGGUUUGCUCUUGGAAGAGGAACAGCUUUAGAUUUGGUAUAUUUGGCACGCUCAAUUGAAGUAGUAGGUAGCUUACAAUCAAUUUUAAAAAUGGAAGCAGUUAAAUCAAAAGCCAAUGCUAAGGUUUUGGAAGAAUACCUGGAAAACUAUGAUUCCUUGGAAAACCUGUCAAAGACAAUUCUUGAUAACCUCGAUGAAGUUGCGUUACUACAGACUAUUAGAUCAGAGCAAGAAGAAUUGGAGAAAGAGAUUGCUCCAUCUCAGAAGUCGCAAUUGGAUGAAGAAUUGGUCAAUAGUGAUAGUUUUCUAUGGACAGUCCGUCCGAAUGCUUCGAAAGGUCUAUCAAAAUUGCAUGAAAUGCAUAACUCACUUUUGAAUGAAAAAGCUGCUCUAAUAGAACAUCUUGAAAAAGUAUUGCUGGUUGACUUAAAGUUCAAGUCCGUUGAAUUUAAGUUUAGUCCUUCCUUAGGUUAUCAACUUUAUCUGAGAGCCUAUAAAGGAAGUGACCAUGAUAGACUCAAAGAGCUUUUACCAGAGGCCACCAUCUCUCAAAAAAGUUCAUCAACCAAAUGGUUAAAUUAUCCCAACUGGUCCAGUUUAGGUUCAAAAAUUGAUUCAAUUAAACAUAAAAUUAGAGCCGAGGAAGAAAAUGUCAUCAAAAUGUUGAAGAAAGAUGUCGUUAGGCAAAGCUUACCGUUGAGAAAUGUGGCCAACUGGCUGGAUUUUCUGGAUGUUACGAGCUCAUUUGCAGUUUUAUCGCUUGAUCGUAAUCUGGUGUGUCCUAGUGUUGAUGAUAGUUUGGAAUUAGAAAUUAAAAAUGGGAGACACCUAGUGGUGGAAGAAGGUUUGAAACAAUCGCUGAAGAACUUCACUCCAAACAACUUUGAGAUAGGGAAAAAUGAUCAAAUGUGGGUAAUUUCAGGUCCAAAUAUGGGUGGGAAAUCUACAUUUUUACGCCAGAAUGCAAUCAUUGUUAUUUUAGCUCAAAUAGGCUGUUAUGUUCCAGCUGAAUCUGCCAGGAUAGGUAUUGUUGACAAAAUUUUUAGUAGGGUUGGGGCUGCUGAUGACUUGUACAAUGAGAUGAGUACAUUCAUGGUGGAAAUGGUUGAGACCAGCUAUAUUUUGAAAGGUGCAACUGUGCGCUCUUUAGCUAUCUUAGACGAAGUUGGAAGAGGAACUAGUGGAAGAGAAGGAUUGGCUAUUGCGUUUGCAACCCUAGAUCAUAUGGUGAAAGUCAAUAGAUGCAGAGGUUUAUUUGCCACUCAUUUUGGACAAGAACUUCAUGGACUACUCUCGGAGAAUAGUUCAAUGGAUCGUGUCACAUUCAAAAGGACAAAGAUUGGCUACUUCAACAACAAAUUACUCUUUGAUCACACCUUAGAAGAUGGUAUUUCAGAAAAAUCUUAUGCCAUUAACGUGGCUGCUUUAGCAGGAUUUCCAAAAGAAGCUUUGCUUAUUGCUGAUAAGGCCCUCAAAACACUGCAAUAA